AGGCAGCAGGACGCCACCAUCCGGAUCCUGCAGGCCCGGGUCGACACGAUGUCGAGCCCGCCGCCGCCUCCGCCGAGCUGGGGCGGCCGCCCGGAUGCCCCUGGGACAUGGGACCGGGCGUGGAAAGGAGGCGCGGUGGACGCCGUGAGGGGCCGGGACCGGUCGAGGACCCCAGCGCCGGGGCCGCCGCCCAUGCAGGCGCCGCCCCCGGCUCCCAGGCACCGGCCGCCGCAGCUCGCGGGCGCCUCGGCGGUGGGCGACACGGCGGCGGUGGACGAGUUCGCCGAGGCAAACGGCCUCGACGACAACUGCAGGGAGGCCCUGAGGCAGAAGCCGCCCGACAUCCAGGAGCAGGUGAUCCAGCAGGGCCCAGUCGACGGCAGGAAUCCCUCUGCGAUGGUGAUGGCGAGGAUCGCCAAGCUGAUGUCGGGUGGCGGAGGCGGAGGCGGCGGCGGCCCAGUCCCCGUCAGCGGUGGCUUCGUCGGAUCCGAGAGCGCGGACGACGUGGCCGCUCAGGUGGAUGAUUUUAUAUUGGCGAACGCGGUCGACGACAUGUGCGCGGACACCCUGCGGAAUCAGACCAUCGAGUGCCAGCUGGCAGUGCUGGCCAAGGGCCGCGUUGAGGGCAGGAACGUCUCCGCGAUGAUCAUGGGCCGCAUCCAGAAGUUCGUGCGAGGGCAGCUGUGAGGUGGCCGGCGGGCGGCUGUGCGCAGCGUGGCCGGCGGGAGCCCGCUCCCCGCGCGCGCGCGCCCCUCUCGCGGGAUCGAUCGGAAACGAUUCGGGGGGCGGCGAGAACUCGGCAGGCCCACCAUGGCUUGUCGGGCGUCCUGCUGGCUGGUGCGAGGUCGGAGGCGCCGGCGUGUGCCGAGGCGCGCUGCGCGCGGGCCGCCGGGGAGAGCCGGUGCCUCGCCGGGCGGCCUCCGCCUCUCGCGCGCGCGCUCUGCCCCGGAGGGCGCUCUCGCAGCCUCGGGGGGCACGCCCGACUCAACCCUUGUCCACACCGCUUGCAGAGACGUGGAUCCCAACGGUA